CUGAUGUGUAUACAGGGGUGGUAGUUAUCCGAUACCCGAGUUUAAAGCGGGGCCGCGGUCCAGGAGGUUGCUUGUGCACGGCCACGGAUGAGUAUAUACAACCCGAGACAUCAGCACUCUAUCUACUCUAAAUAAAAAGGCCGCUCCACAUUACAAUACAACAAACAAAUAAUCUCUCUCACAAACCCACACACAACACACACACACACACACACACACACACACACACACACACACACACACACACACAAUGUCAACCCCACAAUCACGCCCAGGCCUCCUCUACAUAAACUCAGGCAUCAAGGACCCAGCCACACUGUCCCCUCACCAGUAUACCCAGGUCUACAAAGACAAGCACAUCCCCGACGUCGUCGCAACAGGCAGUCUCCACAGCGCAUCCUUCUACUACGGCGCCGCCGACCCGUCCGCUGCCGCUGCCGCCACCAUCACCACCCUCCCGUACCUCGUGCUCUACCACUUCGACGACCUCGCACACGCACUCACAUCCGCGCUCCCGGCCGUGCCGCUACAGUACAGCGGCCUCCCCGGCAGCGGCCGUCUCCCGGACCUAGCACAUUUCGACACGCGCAGCUACGCGCUGUGCGCACACAACAAGCCGCAUGGCGUGGCAUUUGGUACGUCGACUGUAUUUGUAUUCUCGAAAGCGGGGAGGGGGGCCCUCCGUCUAUGUAUUAUCAUCACCUUAUGGCGGCGGCUACGGCGGAAGCCACGACGAUCAACCAGAACAAAGCCGACCAAUCGAGCUACUAAUUAGGCAAAGCAGCCUCUCCUCAGCGUAGUGCUCAUGACAUGAUGCCCCUCGGACGAGCGUCACGGCGCAAUGACGUCGCGGCGUGGUACGCGGACGAGCACUUUGGCAUGCUGGAUGGCGUGCCGGGAUAUCUGGGCAGCCUAGCGCUAUGAGCUCGUAGCCGGACCAGGGACAGAGCCGACGACAACAGUGCUGCCGAAGAUGCUCGUGCUGCACGAGUUCUCGGGCGCGGAGGUGUUUACGAAAGGCUCGGCGGGGCAGAAGGCGUUUGCGGGCGAGCAUGACGACGGUGUGGGCGAAGAGGGGUGAUGGGCGGGAUAUCACGGCGGCGGAAAGCAGGAUGUACGUACAGGUUGGGGGAGGUAUUAUGACGGUAGGGUCGGGGCGAGGAUGUGAUUCUGUUGGCUUGAGGACUGCACGCGAGAGAUGCAUUUGGGUUGGCUUUUUGAUGCAGGAAAUAGAUGCAUGGA